GCCCAGAACCACUUCGAACGAAAAUAAUCAGGAUGGCCAACCGAGGAUCAGCUAGCAGACCAGCCAAACCAGUAACGAUCUAUCGGAGGGGGAAACCUGUAGGAAACCAACCAGGUCCAUCGUCAUCCUCAUCAGCAUCAGGCUCAGACCAAGAGGAAGAAGAACAAGAACAAGUUCAUCAUCAACCUAAACCAUCAAGCUCCACUUUCCCAAUCAUCAACAUCGAGACUACCUCAUUCGAUCAGAAACAAAACCAAUCACCUGAAACUGACUCAUCCGAAGAAGAAUCAGACGACUUAUCUACAAAAUCUAAAUCAAAAGGAACCACCAAGGGCGGAGAGCUUACAACAAAACCCGUCAAAACUCAACCAGGCUCUUCUAGCUCAGAUGACGACUCGUCAGGAUCAGGUUCCUCCUCAUCCGGAGAUGAAGAAAGUGAUGAAUCAGAGAAAUUAGUCCCAAUCUACAAACCUGUGUUUAUUACAAAGCGGAAUCGAGAAACCAUCCCUAGUCAACAAACUGAAACCGAAGCAGACCUGGAGGCCAAGAGACUAGAAGAAGAAGAACGCAGGAAGAAGGCCAGUCAAAAGUUGGUAGAAGAGACUUUGAUCAGAGAAAUAGCAGAGAAGGAGGUCGAUCAGGUUUUUCCGGACGUUGACGACACCGAUGGACUAGAUCCUGAAGCGGAAUUCGAGGCCUGGAAAUUGCGUGAACUGAAACGAUUGAGACGAGAUAGAGAAGCAUUAAUCCAACGGGCCAAGGAGAAAGAAGAAAUCGAAGCCCGAAGGAUGAUGCCCGAGUCAGAAAGAUUGAAAGAAGACUUAGAAUUCGCAGAAAAAACUAGGAAAGCUAAGCCCAAAGGCAAACAGGUCUUCUUACAAAAAUUCCACCAUAAGGGUGCAUUUUACACCGACUCAGAUAUACAUAAAAAACACGAUUUUACUGCUCCUACCGAGGGGACUUUCACUAAGAUGGAACUAUUACCGGCUGUCAUGCAAGUUCGAGAUUUCGGGAAGAUGAGUAGGACUAAAUGGACACAUUUGGUCAAAGAGGACACUACGUCAUUUGAUGCGGGGUGGAGUAAAAAGAACCCCGGGCGAGCUGAUAAAACUCAAGAUGGGUGCUUUGGAUGUGGGGAAAGAGGACACCUGAAACGCGAUUGCCCGAAGAAUCAGGGCCAGACUCCUGGUCAGGGUAGCAAUCGAGUAGCUCUCGGGGACCGAGCCAAGUCGAAUGAUGAUCGACACAAAAAACGGCGAGGGUCUGAGGACGAGUCACGAGAGAAAGAGUAUCCAUCCAAGCGGAGAGAUGGUGAACGGGAACGCUCUGGCGGAGGUGGUCGGCGAUCCGACGACCGCGAUCGUCGUCACUAUUCGCCUCCACGUAGAGAUGAGGAGCGAGAUCGAUCGAAGGACGACAACCGGCGACUACACGAUCGCGAGCGUCGGGAUUACUCACCCAAGCGGCCAGGGCGAGACGGCGAUCGUCGAGACUACUCACCCAAGCGGUCAGGGAGAGAGCGCGAUCGUCGAGACUACUCACCCAAGCAGCCCGGACGAGAGCGUGAUCGCCGAGACUACUCGCCCAAGCGGGCAGGGCGAGAGCGCGAUCGUCGAGAAGCCUCACCCAAGCAGUCAGAGCGCGAUCGAGAUAGGUCUAGGGAUGGAAAAAGGGCGGGAAGGCGAUAGGCACCGUUCCAAAAACGAACAUAGGAAAUAUACCAAACAUCGCAGGUGACAGAUAUCACACCAACCAUCCCAAUCCUAACCCCCCAAAAAACGCAAAUAAAUUUUUGAACUAUUUUGGGUUUGACUUUUUGCCCUUUCUUAUCAUGGCUUUGUAAACCUAUUCUGGACUCAUUGUGGCAAUCAUGCGCCAACCUCAUAAAUUCAUCAAAAAGGAAUUCUUCAGUCCACUUUAAGAAGUCCCUAUUGACAACGCGCCUGCCAAGAUCUGCUAAGCCUGUAGUCCAUUUCAACUAUCUAGACCUUUUAACUCGUACAAGGUCCAGCUGGUUCAUACAACAUAAAAAAUACAUCUUAUUUAU